GCAGUCUCUGCUGGUCGUUGGGACGCCAUAAGGACAAGGCGGGAUGUGUUAUUGUGCUGAUGGCUUUGUUUCUUCUUCCCAUAAGAACUCGCUUCUUAUUCCAAACGGAAACGCAGGUGUAACCUCUUUAGCCUCCUGUCCAGCCUAAUACUACUACCUAGAUAUCCCAGGGUUCUAUGCGCCGCAUCUCCCUUUUCAACACACCAGAGGAGGAUUUUACGCGCCGGUGUGGACAGAAUAACAUCAUGGUAAAUGAGAUGUGGAUCGUCUCUUUUGUGCACCGUGUGUUACCGCCGCUGUGAAUGUGAUGCCGGGUCUUAUUCGCCCUGCACGGAUGACCUGAACCGGGCGGCAGAGGCGGUUGCUACUACAGCACUUGUUCCAUUAAGAGAAUUCUUAUUGAUGACCAUGGCUGACCAGUAUAAAAUGUUUCUCACCACGGCGCCCCCCCUCCGGCGUGGAAGCACACCCCUGCCUCUCAAACACCAGCUGCGGAGGGAAGAGGCCGUGUCUGAGGACUGUGAUUGGAUCCCCAACAUGGCAGAGCCUGCCACAUUGCCUAUCAGUGACACAGCGGUGCCUCAGGAUGAGUGCUUCAGCCAAUCAACAGCCGCCCAGUCAACUUACCACAACCACGGUGGGGCAUUGAGGAUAGUGCUACUGGGACAGAAUGGCGUGGGCAAGACGUCGCUUGCCUUAUCUCUGACCGGGCAGUCGGACAGAUCCCUCUCUAUAGACUCUGAGACACAAGCAUGUGGCGAGGGCUACGAGAGCUCAGUGACAGUCGACGAAGAGGACAGCAAAAUCAUAGUUUUCGACAACUGGAAACAGGACCUGUCCACUCUACAGUGUGAUGUGUGUAUCCUGGUCUUUUCAGUGACUGACAGGCGAAGUUUCCACCGCACUGCCCAGCUCCGCCUCCUCCUCAGGGAGUCCCAGCCACACACACCAAUCAUCCUGGUGGGCAACAAGAGUGACCUUGUCCGCUCCCGUGAAAUCAGCUCAGAGGAGGCCCAAUCCAGUGCCAUGAUGUUCGACUGCCUCUACAUGGAGCUCUCAGCCUCCCUGGACCACGGUACCAAUGAGCUGUUGGAGGCCGCAGUUCGGACUGCAAGGGGCGACUGCGUGGGCCCCGGCUGGACCGACGGCGACCCCGGAGCGGGCCGCAGGGAGAGCCUGACCAGCCGGGCCAAGCGCUUCCUGUCAGGGCUGGUAUCAUACGGUCGAGAGCGGGACCGCGAUCGGGGGCGCUACAGGGAGAUGAGCCGCCACCGGGGCAGCAAGAUCCUCCGCCAGAAGUCCCGCUCCUGCCACGACCUCAGUGCACUGUGAUACACACACAUCCAUACAUACUCCAACACAUGUACACACACACAAACACACACACACACACACACACAGACAGACACACACACCAGAUUUAAUGAUGUGGAGGAGAAGAAGAGGGUAAAAGAUAGUAGAGAGGAGCAGAUUUUUAAAUGUAGGGACAAGGAGAUGGAGGAGACUCACAUGAGUGGGAAAACUAGAGAGGUGGGUGGACAGAAAUUAAGCAUUGGCAGAUUAAGGUCAGAAAGGGAGAGAAGGGAGAGAAAGAAAGAGAAAAUAAGUUGGAUCCUAGAUAGAUCUGAAAUCAGCCUGGGUCACAGCACUUAACAUUUAUCUUCUAUCAGUGAAACCAACUUUUAGAGAGAAAGAGGCCAGGUUGGAGAGAACCACAGAGAAAUACAUAAUGAGGUGAACUUGAUUUUCUGCGCCAGCUUGGGUGAAUCAGCGAGCACUUCUUUCCUGAUGAGACGAAGAGAGAGAAAAUUAGUAACAGUGGAGGGAGUCACAUCAAGAUGCUGAUUGGACACUAAUCUUGGCGAAACGGGAGUGGGGGGCCCACAAAUAAACACACACCCAGGUAGCACGGACUGAUUAUGUAGAGACUGAUAGCAAUCUAAUGUAUGUCUAUUGUGAAACCUGUUUUAUAGCAUGCCGAGUAGAUGAUCUAAGACAUGACCCUGUAGGAUUUACAGUUCCAUGACACUGGAUCGACGGUACCUCAGUAGCCCAUGCACAAUCCAGCUAGUGUCUCUAGCAAUGCCAUCUCGAAGGCAAGACCCUUUAUUUAUAAGAAAGAAAUGCUCCUUGUGUGCGCAUUUUUUAGCCACACUCUUCACAGUGCAUCCACUUUUGUGUCACAUACUGAUUUUUAAGUGUUUGAUGAUACCACCAAUGGCAUACAUUCAUCUGUGAUUUUUAUACAAGGCUAAAAACAUCAACACGCGAGCCAUAUUUUCCGCUGAAUGCCUGAAUGAGCAAGCAGCACAAAGAACCCUUUACCGAAGGAUGUGGACUGAAAGAAAAAAAGUCAAGGUGGCUAUGAGGAAUAAGACGUGCAGACUGAACUUUUCUUCAAUAGACGCUGAGUCACAGAACACAGGGAUGGUCUUAAAGCACAGGAGGACCAACAAGAGAAAACCUAAUCUACCUGUGGCCGUUUUUCAUUUUUUUCCUCUUUUUUUCCCCACUGGCAUUACUAUGUAUGUUGAGACUGAAUACUGUUGGGGGGACCACAAAGUUAACCCAAAAAGAACGUUCUUGAAAACGUUUGGAUAUCUCGUCAAGCGUGGCAGCUUCACUGACACAUGCUCACUUGUUUGUCACAGUCUAAUAAGCACUCUCAUCUUUCCACUGAGAAUAAAUUCAUUUUUGUUUGA